AUGAACGACAUGAACGACAUUAUGAUAGGUGAUAUUCAAGUUGUUCCGGUACCUGCGGUCAACUUGCGCCGCAUCAACACAGACACGUUAGAAGUGUUGUUCAAGGCUCACUUGUACGACUACUACGUGAUAGACCCUUUGGACGUGAUUCACUGGACCGAAGCACUCAACAACAGCACGAGCAUAGAAACUGUACUUAUGGAAGUUCAUCCAAGUAUGUUCGAUCUACCGGAGAAUAUAUACAUGGCAAGGUUCAUGGCUGCAUUGGUUUCCUUGCCCAAGCUGACGACGUUGGAUUGGCGUAGUCAUAAUGGCGCUCGCAUGGAAAUUCCCGCGGCUUUCGGCAUCUUUGUGCUGCGACAUGUGGUGGGCCUGACCAAGUUUUGUAUGUGUCGGCAUCACUUGGUUGGGACUGCUUUGGAGUUCGAAGAGCUUGCUCGAUACCUUGAAGCCCACCAUUCCCUAUCAUCGCUUCAAAUCCACACUGUUCCAGAGGGGGUAAUCUGCAAAGGCCCCUUGGUACAUGCUUUCUCUCGCAUGCCUCAAUUGAAGUCUCUCGACUUGUCAUGUUUGUCAGUGUGGGGCAUGGAUCCACCAGACUUUGGUCGUAUGUUUUCGAAUCCAAGCCUUCAGAAGGUUGUGCUGAAGGACUUUGAUCUAGAUGAACAAAUUGCGCCGGCCAUUGUUCGGAGCCUAAGGCAGCGAGAUCCAAGCAACCCCCUUCAGAAGCUCAGCCUCGAUACCACAGGCACUCACAAAGCCACUGAGAGUGCUGCCAUUGCGUUCAUAUUGUCAGCAAACGUACCUUUCCAGUUGCUGGAGAUGUCUUUGGGGUCUUUGAGACUUUCUGAUAUGAACGUUUUUCAAACUAUGGCUCAGUCUCUACGCUCCAAUUCCACCCUUCAGAUUCUCCAUUUGAGGACAGACAGUGACAUUAGCUCGCUCAGUGAUACGGUUUGGGGACCCUUUUUGGGACUGCUGGAAAUCAACAUGUCUUGGCAAGCAUUCGCAUCAAGCACAGGCAGCAAACUCGAGGGCGGUUUUUUCAGGAGAUGCGUUCAAUUCACAACCCCAAAGCUGAGUUCUUGCUAA